CAGAGAUGUUCCAGAUUCAGCAAUGACUUCUUCUUCGAUUUCGGGUGGUGGAUACGAAGCAUACAAUGGACGACUUGAUAAUCAGAUCAGUUCAGGAAAUAACGCAGUAUGGGCAGCAAAAGCCAAUCGCCAAGGAGAAUGGUUACAGAUCGACUUUGGUAUUCCCAAACUUAUUGGUGGAAUCAUAACUCAAGGACGACCAAAAUCAUCACGUCAGUGGGUUCGAUCAUUCAAGAUAUCUUGCGGAAGUUCUACUUCCUCGUUAACGACUAUAAAACAUAACAACUCAGAUAAGAUAUUUCCCGGCAACCUCGACACAGAUUCGAAAGUGAUCAAUAUGUUUACUGCGCCAAUAACAUGCAGAUAUAUUCGCGUUCAUCCGGAAUCCUGGUAUGGACAUAUCAGCAUGAGAGUGGAAUUCAUUCACGGACUCUGCCAUGGCAUGGCUCUCUAAGUUUGCUACAUCAAUAUUUCUCGAAGUCUAUACUCUAGAUCAGGGGU